AAUGGCGCAUGCGCAUACGCUGUAAUAGUAAGGAUUCCAAAUCGACUAUCGAGUGAUUCAACGGCGCCUCCCAUCGGACUUCAUCCACCACAAUGGCAGAUAAACAAAAUGCUCAGAAAAGUGUCAAAAUAGCCGCUGGAGCCGUAGUUUGUGUUGAAAGUGAAAUCAGGGGAGAUGUCACCAUAGGGCCCAGGACAGUGGUCCACCCAAAAGCUCGCAUUAUUGCUGAGGCGGGACCCAUAGUGAUUGGAGAAGGCAAUUUGAUCGAGGAGCAAGCUCUGAUUAUCAAUGGUUACCCAGAAAACAUCACACCAGAUUCUGAGGUGGAACCAAAGACAAUGACCAUUGGCAUCAACAAUGUAUUUGAAGUUGGCUGUGUAUCACAAGCUCUGAAAAUUGGGGACAACAAUGUGAUAGAAUCUAAAGCUGACGUUGGUAGAAAUGUGAUCCUCACCAGUGGCUGCAUCAUUGGAGCCUUCUGUCAGGUCAACACGUGUGAGGUCAUACCUGAGAACACGGUCAUCUACGGCUCUGGGUGUAUGAGACGGGUUCAGACAGAGAGACCACAGCCGCAGACUCUUCAGCUGGACUUUCUGAUGAAGAUUUUGCCAAACUACCACCAUUUAAAGAAAACUGUCAAAGCAGGCCACACUACUAGCUAAAAUUUAGCUUUAAAAUUUUUUAAGUUGAACUAUAAAUGGCUAGCAAACCCCGUAUUUAAUUAGAUCUGGCUGGAAGGAAGCAUGAAUGUAUAUAAUACUAUAAUCUGUACCUAAGUUCAUCAGUAAUUUUUCUCACUGAUUCAUAUUUUCUACUCUAACCACAACAGAUGAAGCAUUUCAUCUUUAUCUCGCUGUGCUGAUGUACUGUUUUCUAUGAUUAAUUAAAUAACUUCAAAAAUGCUAAACAGUUA